AUGUUCAAACUAUUCAGAGGCGGCGGUUCUCAAUUCGAUAGAGUGUCACCAAUAGAAAGCAGAGUUAAAUUGGCCAAUAAGUUGACCAACGAGUUUCUCGCCACAUUCUCAUUAUGCUUCUUGUUCAAUUCAGAAGAAGUAAUAUUCGACAACUAUGGAUAUUUCGGAAUGUUUCUUGCCGUAACAAUUCAUAUGAGUAUAUUUCAACUACGAAACAACGGCGCCCCAAUGAAUCAAUUGCUUUAUGUCGAAGAGGCACUCGCUAAGAAAACCAGCGAUGCACCAAGAGCACUUUGUGCCCUGUGGUUCCAUAUCCUUGAAGCCUUGGCCUCUGAUUCAUAUUCUGAUUUUAUUUGGUUUAUAAUUGAAAAAGCAACCGGAUUAAAAGUCGAGCGGCGGCCGUGUUAUUUCGUGCAUACGGUGCCUGUGAAUGCCAUCUUCGUUGCUGAAUUCGCCGGUGCCUUUCUUCUACGAUUUCUACUAUCUCGAACCGUUAAUCGAUCUUUUCUCGCCACGCCGCUUGUCUACGCAUCUUUCUUCACUGCUGCCAUCACUCUAGCCCGUUGCAGUCGAUGCUGGAGUGCGGACACUAUUGUCGCUCUCCUUUAUCACUUGUUAGCUGCCAUCCCUGGCUGGUUAACCGCCUCGUUGAUCGAGCCAACACCGUUGAAAACGAUGUGGCGAGAGUGCCACGAAGGAGAAGAGAGGACGAGAAAAGAACAAAGAUUCCGCCAAUUACUUCGACAAUUACACCUAAUAUUAUUAGAACGGCAUCACGAAGAGAUGCUUCGUCGUAUCGAGGAGCAGAGGGAAAGAAUGCGUCAGGGUGAACGGAGACGACACGAAAAUGAUAACCCGAGAAGACGGGACCGCCGAGGAAAUUAUAUUGGACUUUAUAGAAUUAAUAUGAGAAAAAUGAGCAGAAGACGUAAUAGACAGAAUUCGAGAGGAAAUUAUCAGUUGCCACAUAGAGGACGUUGA